AUGAAAUCUCAAGAAAGCCACAUGACGUUGUGGCAGAAGUUCAAGGAUGCGAAUCCCGACACCGAGUUUGUCCUGGUUCAAUUUAUGGGAUACAACGCCAAUAUCUUCAUCCGCGCCAUACCUGUAACUCGUUUCGAACAUCUGAUCAAAAACGGGCAGACAUUCUCAUUCGCUAGGGCUGGACUUUACCUUCUUCCCCACGACCAUCUAGCUGAGGGAGGAGAACCUGUUGGGAUAUGCUAUUUGAAGCCUGAUAUUUCCACGCUCUAUGUUCAACCUGGGUCUCCUCACAGGGCAAUUGUCGUUGCGGAUAUUGUGCAAGCAGAUUGUGUAACUGCCAUUCCGGAAUGUCCUCGAUCCCGACUGAGACAUAUAAGUAGCUUGAUGGUCCAGGAGACUGGUCACUAUCCACUCAUCGGGUUUGAGAUUGAAGUCGUCUUCAUGCAGAGAGUGAAGAAUGCCGAUGGCUCGGUCGCCACAUAUCAACUCACUAACAAAGACCAUUCCUUCGGCAGCUUGACGACAGAGGACGAACAGUAUAUGGUCAUGGUUGAGGAUAUCGCGAGGUCAUUGCUUGCGGCUGGUAUCAAGAUCGAACAGUUCCACGCCGAGGCUGCCCCUGGACAGUGGGAAUUUGUUCUUUCACCAUUGCGUCCCGUGGAGGCCGUCGAUACCCUGAUUAAAGCCCGCAGUAUCAUCUCUCGAACUGCUGAGAAAUAUGAACUCAGAGCAACCCUGUUUCCUCGGCCAUCAGAGUUACAUGCCGGGACCGGAGCACAUGUACACAUUUCCUGUAACGUAGACGAGUUAUCACCACUACAUUCACAGGACCAAAAGAAACAGCACGAAGCGCAAGAAUCAUUCUUCGCCGGAAUAUUAGACCAGCUUCCUGCAAUCUUGGCCUUCACUCUCCCGCAGCAAGAAAGCUAUGCUCGAGUACAAAGCGGAAUAUGGAGCGGCGGCGAAUACGCUGCGUGGGGUUGGGAAAACAAAGAGAUUCCUCUUCGUCGAAUUGAGCACAAUCAUUUCGAAUUGAAAUUGAUGGAUGGAUUUGCAAAUCCUUAUCUUGCGUUGUGUGCUCUUCUAGCAGCAGGCAUGGAUGGUCUGAAGAGGGGAAUUCAAUUGUCUGCCGGUCCCUGUCCCCGAGGCGCUAAUAUGCUCUCUCUAGAGGAAAGGGAGAAACUUGGGAUUUGUACAUUGUUACCAAAGUCACUAUCUGAAAGUCUGGAUAUUUUGGUGUCGAACGCCGUGAUUUGUGAAACGAUUGGACAGGCUAUUAUCGAGCCGUAUCUUGCUAUCAAGAGAGGCGAGAUUGAGCAAGUCAAGACUUGGACAGAAGUAGAACGGAGGAAUUACCUUAUCUCACGUUACUAG